GAGACUUGCAGAUCUUCAACAGAACGUGAAGUUAUCUAGAAAGUUGCUCAAUUUACUACUAUCUAAUUAUUGAACAUGGGGAAGCUGGUUGUCAUAUCACUUUUUGUUGCUGCUUUAUCAGCAUUUGUUGGAGAGAGAGUUAUUAACUUAAGGAGAAGGACUCUUGCUUCCAGAAAGCUUGUCCAAACCCACCUCCCAAACUGCCAUCCAAUCAAAAGCCUUGAGUACGGAUCAGAGGACCUCACAAUACUUCCCAAUGGACUUGCUAUUAUUAGCACUGGCUUGAAGGAUCCAGUAUUGCCAUCCUAUUCAGAUGCCCCUGGAAAGAUGUACACCCUUGAUAUGAGUGAAGAUUCUAGGAUGAAACCAGUGGAGCUCCGCAUGGGGAGAGGCUUUGACCUGGAAUCCUUCAAUCCUCAUGGGAUCAGUGUAUACACAGAUGAGACGGAUAAUUCAGUAUACCUGUUUGUGGUCAAUCACCCUCAACAAAAAACCCAAGUGGAGAUCUUUCUUUUUGUUGAGGAGGACCACUCCCUUGUCUAUGUGAAAACCAUAAAGCAUGAAUUCCUUCACAGUGUGAAUGACAUUGUGGCUGUAGGAGUGGAGAGCUUCUAUGCCACCAACGAUCACUAUUUCGGUGGAGGUACUCUGAAUACCCUGGAGAUACUUCUGGCUCAGCCCUGGUCUAACGUUGUGUAUUACAGCCCUGAAGAGGUCAAAGUAGUGGCUGAGGGAUUCUACAUGGCCAAUGGCAUCAACAUCUCACCUGACAAAAGGCACAUAUAUGUGGCAGACUUAUUUGACCACAACAUACAUGUUUUGGAGCGACUGGAAAGCAAUGGUUUGGCCCCAGUGAAGGUCGUGGAAGUGGGCUCUCUUGUUGACAACAUUUAUGUUGACCCUGAGACUGGCGACUUGUGGAUAGGUUGUCACCCUAAUGGCUGGAAACUAUUUCAAAAUGAUCCUGAGGAUCUACCUGGAUCUGAGGUGAUUCAGAUUAAAGACAUCCACUCUGAGAAGCCAGUGGUGACCCAGGUGUAUGCUGAUGACGGCAGUGUGCUCAUAGGAUCCUCUGUAGCAGCUCCCUACGGAGGAAAGCUUCUCAUUGGAACAAUCUACCAGAAAGCCUUGGUCUGUGAUCUAGCCAAGGUAGACCAGUAGCCAAUGCUCUAUGUAGAAAACAGCCAUCUGACGUGGGUUGUGGUCGGAAGAGUGCAAGUGUGCAACGUACUGAACAUUGCAGAUAGAAAU